UAGAUGUAUCACAUAUUUUCGAUGUUUGUACAUUUGCCAACGUGCGCGUGUGUGUAUCAUUCUUGCACAUAAAUACCAGAGAUGGCUUUCUUUUUUCUCCUUCACUUUCGCGAACUUAUGUACAUAACGUCGUUACUUUUUCUCCGUUGGUGGUAGCUUCUCAUCCGGAAAGAAAGAAAUAAAAGAUAUGGAAGACUGACAAAUAUCGAUUUUAUUUAAAGAGAAACUUUCAGUUAAUUGUACGAUUUAGCGGCAACCGAGUCACGAGAUCGAACGCAAUCAUGCAAUGAACCACGAUCUUUUUUACGUUUUGUUUUUAAACGAAGGAAAUAUUGUUGUUAUUUAGUAAAUUAAUUGAUGUACACGUAUCUUUCGUAAUAUUCACCAGAGCCAACGAGGAUUUCUCGUAGCGUACGAUUCGCUGAUUUCUUUCGCCGUUUUCAAACACAUGAAACAGUUGAGCUUGGCAAUUAUUUGUAUAAGCGACGAAACGUGCUUCUUAAGGCUCCUGUUUCCUACAGCCGCGUUAAAUUAUGACAUAAGAAAGAUAAAUCAUUGGAAUCUCUUCUAUAUGUCGAGAUAUAUUAGCUUUUCGCGUGCCAUUACGUUAAGCAUAACAGAAAUCUUAUCUUAUCUUACUUUAUGCUUUUGCCUCCUGGCAAAAUUCUGACAUAAUGUUCAAGUAUUUAUUAACCAUCGUCUGUAUUACGUAUAAAAGGGAGAGGAUUGUUAUGGUUUAGAAUAUUUGAGGAUUAAUUUAAGGUAUUGAGAAUAUUUGUGUUCAUGAUAUCUAUAUAUGUUAAAUUACAACAUAUAUUCUCCAUAUGCUUUUGUGAUAAAUAUUUUAAAUUUUAUACGUCACGAUUUCUUGCAAUUCCUAAACAAAUAAUUUCAGAAUUAUGUAAUGACUUGGCUGCAUCAGAAUUAUAAAGCAUUACAUUAGUCUAGAAGCAGGAGAUUAGUAAAAACGUUGAGCUAGCACUUAGUGAUUAUAAAUACUUGGACAUUUUGUAUUAAAAGUGCACACGUUCUCUCUCUUUCUAGUACUUAAGAAGCGUGUUCUAUCGCAUAUAGGCCGUUAAUUGCGUAGUUUAAUUACUUUAUAUGCUCGUAGAAAGAAAAGUGAAAAGAAUCGCGAGCUCCUCGUGUAAGCUCAGCUGUGUCUUCGUGGAUCCUAUCUUGUUACCGAGGACAUUUAUCCUUAUAGCAACCGUUCAUUUUAAUACCACAAUUGCAUAUUGCGAGGAAAAAUAAAAAGAAAACGCAAUGCAAUGCGAGCUCCACCCGCAGGGACGCAAACAAUUUAAAAGAAUUGUUAAGGCCAAUUUUGUCUGUAAUUAUUAUCCAGAGCGAAGCGCAUAAGCUAUGGAAUUUUAAUCGGUUCAUCGUGGCUUGAUAAAAACUCUUCGCAAGUUAGAAAUUCGCAAUUGCAAAACGUCAAUUGAAUCACGAUUGAUCAGAUAUACUACAAUUUUGAACCUUCGAACCACAAUAUCGCUAAAGGAUUUCUUCCCACGAUGCUGCUGCAUAACAACUGCAAUCUCAUUCCGUAAGUUUAAUUAAGAGCGCAUCAAGUUCUCGAUGUCUAAUCUACUUUAUCUAUUUGAUACAACAAGAUUGUGUGGUUAAUAAUAAUACGAAUAAAGUGAUCCAAGCGUUUCUUCGAAGAGACAACUGUAUCUCUCUGUCGUCGCGGUCAUCAACCCCAAAUCCCAACGUCGUGUCUCGCGUCAGCUUCACUCACGAGAAGCGUGCGAUCUGUUUCCAUCUUGGAAAGGGGAAACGGGAUGCGAGCGGGAUCUACAAUCGCCUCCGCGAUUAAUUCGAGCGAAGUCACGCAUGAUGAUCCGCGUAUUUGCGCGUGGCUCAAGGGUCGGCGGGUCUUAUCCCACCCCCGUUUGCGAGGGGGUGCCUCGCGGAUACACGGCGCGGGAGGCACGCGCGAGAUGACGAUAACGUCUCUCUCUUUCGCGGAGAGCAUCGAUCGAAUCCUGCGCAUUCGGGGGAGGCUGGCCAUAUUACCCCCGCGGAUCUCCCCGAUCCCUUGAAACGCCGCCGUGGUCCCCGCUGCUGGUCGAUGCCGCGGAUCGACGGGUUCGCCUCCGCGAUUCUGGCUUCGCAGGCCGCGGUGUAGAUCGUACGGGAAUCGUCGUCAUCAUGCGGCUCCACAAUCCGGGUAGUUAGGUAGUCUCGCGUCUCCCCCGUCGUCGUCGUCGUCGUCGUUUCUCGACCUCUUCUCCGCCUUAUUAUUUUCUUUCUUUCUUUCCUUCUUGCGUCUUCAUGAAGCCUCGCUUUCGACCGGGGCCGUUUUUAGUUUAGUCUCUCAUUUUCGCGCUGCGCGAGGCUCGAAUCGUCGGGGAAUCGAGGAGCCGGGAUCUCCCAGGAGGAACAUCCGAGGCGGGCACCAGAUUCGCCAUUUGGUAAGCACGAUUGUCUCAUUGAUAAUGCCAGUACGAACUAAUCUGUAACAUUAAGGACUUUGAGACUUCUAUGUAAUGAGAGAGAGAAGCCCUCCCACCCUCCAUGCUCGAUCUACCCACAAACGCAUCCCCCUUGCACGUCCCCCUCGUUCCCCUCGUUACUAAUUUAACACAUUUUACUCACCACUGGCAUAUAUUCUCUGUAUUUGCAACACCUGCAAGACCCGGACGAUAAAAAUUUGGAUAGCCCGAAGUAAUGUCCGACACCCCAUUUAUCUCGCUGGGGAAUGCUAUACUUCACCCCCUACACCUCUUCAGUCACUGUACCCAGUUUACGUGCCGGGCCGCGUCUGUAAGGAAUUAAACAUAUCCGCCGUAGAAGCAACAGAUAGGGAGAAAUGGCGAAUUUCCGGGGAUUUUAUAUACCCACCUUCGGCGCAACGGUCAACGUCGCCUGGGAGACGUUGAAGGCCAUGUGGCCGGAGAACAGUCCGUGCAUGGAGCUGAUCCGCGGCGGCGGCGGCGUCGGCGGUGGCGGUAUGGGCCAGGGCCAUCCCCAAGGCCAGCCCGGCCAUGCCCAGUUCAAGUCCUUCGACGAGGGUCACGACAAUACCGAGAUGAUGACCAUGAACGGGGAUCGGGCGUAUCGAGAUCAGAACAAUGUCGGGAUCGCCGAGGACUCCUUCAGCUACCAGAGGAGCGGGGACAAAGUUCGAACCGGGAGCGUAAGCAGCGGUGAGUUCAGCGAGUACGACGAGGGUGGCGGAGAGUUCGGCGGGCCAGGUGUCAAGAUCAACGAGUGGCAAGCCGCUUGGAACGUUACAAAUGCCAUUCAGGGAAUGUUCAUCGUCUCUCUGCCGUUCGCCGUUCUACGUGGCGGUUACUGGGCGAUCGCCGCGAUGGUCGGGAUCGCGCAUAUCUGCUGCUACACCGGCAAGAUCCUGGUCGAGUGCCUGUACGAGCUGGACACGGUGACGGGGCAACGUGUGCGGGUACGAGAUUCGUACGUGGCCAUCGCCAAGGUGUGCUUCGGGCCGACGUGGGGCGCCCGCGCCGUCAACAUCGCGCAGAUCAUCGAGCUGCUGAUGACCUGCAUUCUGUACGUGGUCGUAUGCGGCGACCUGAUGAUCGGCACCUUUCCCGAGGGCGCGAUCGACACCCGCAGCUGGAUGAUGUUGAUCGGCAUAUUUCUGCUGCCGCUCGGCUUCCUCAAGUCCCUGCAGCACGUAUCCGUGUUGAGCUUCUGGUGCACAAUGUCUCACCUCUUCAUCAACGCGAUCAUCAUCGGUUACUGUCUCCUGGAGAUUGGUGACUGGGGCUGGUCGAAGGUGAAGUGGACGAUCGACAUAAAGAACUUCCCGAUCUCGCUCGGCGUCAUUGUCUUCAGCUAUACGUCGCAGAUCUUCCUGCCGACCCUCGAGGGCAAUCUCAUCGAUCGCUCCAAGUUCGACUGGAUGUUGAACUGGAGCCACAUCGCCGCGGCCGCGUUCAAGUCGCUCUUCGGCUGGAUCUGCUUCCUGACCUUUCAGAACGACACGCAGCAGGUGAUCACGAACAACCUGCACUCGGCCGGCUUCAAGGGCCUGGUGAACCUGUGCCUGGUCGUCAAAGCGGUGCUCUCGUACCCGCUGCCGUAUUACGCGGCCUGCGAGCUUCUCGAGCGCGCCUUCUUCCGCGGCCGGCCGAAGACGCUUUUCCCGACCAUCUGGACGGUGGAUCGCGAGCUCAAGGUCUGGGGCCUGGCCUGGCGGGUCGGCGUGAUCGUGUUUACCAUACUGAUGGCAAUCUUCAUACCGCACUUCAGCAUCCUGAUGGGCUUCAUCGGCUCCUUUACCGGCACCAUGCUCUCCUUCAUCUGGCCCUGCUACUUCCAUCUGAAACUGAAGAGGAACUCGAUGGAGUGGAGCGCCGUAGCGUACGAUUGCUUCGUCAUCUUCCUCGGUAUUCUCUUCGGCGUGAUCGGCGUCUACGAUUCCGGCUCCGCGCUGAUCGAUGCCUUCGAGAUCGGCCUGCCCUUCUGAGCGAUCUCGCGCCAGCUAGGUCCUUUUGUUGUUCUUGUCUCGCACCAAAAUGAUAUUGCCGAAACGUUCUCGAGCCGCUGAAAUAUUUGACUCUCGAAUUUCAACACGUUGCUCGGUACUCGUGCAAUAAUUGCUGAUGCAUGCGGGAGACUACAUAAAAUUCAAAACAGAAGAAUGGAUAAUUGAGAAUUUUGUGCUUUGGAAAAAAUUUGAAAUUUUUCUAAAUAACAUUCUGAUUAAUAAUCAACGAAGCUUGUUUUUUUACAAAGUGUACUAGUACCAAAUUUAAAAAAAAAAAUGUAUAUUAUUGCGAAGUCCUUUUUAACUAUAAACGCAAUUCUAAAAAUUUCAUAAAAUUAUAAGAAAUGUCUCUGAUUUUAAAACAUGUCAGUCGAGGAUCAAAUAUUUCACGUGCUCGAGGGUGAUUAAUUAGUAUGAGAAUUUUGCAUUGCGUGUAACUCUAUACCUAUUUCCUAUCACGCAUCAUUUUAACGUCUUUAUUAUUUUUACGAAAUGGCGCAAUUAUAUUUCUUAAAAACGAUCUUUAAUUGAUCAAGCCAGUAAAGUGUAAAAGCGUCUCCCCAUUCGUGUAAAAAUCUAUCGCACGAUCUGUGCUUUCGUAAUGGCACGUUUUAGUUUUUCACGUCGCAGAUUCACAUUUAACACACCAAUUUUCCCAGUUAUGAUAGCUUCGAGCGAGCUGACGUUUAGAGACGUGAAAAAUCAAAAUUAGACGAGAACGUACUAUUUUCUAAACCCAACUGUAGCGUUCUCUUUUUUCAGAAGGAAGAUUAUUGGCUCCUUAAGAGCCGUUAAAAAUUCCGUUGUACGUUUCACGUUUCGGCCGGGAUCGCGACGUUUCUAUAAAGCGAGGAAUUUAUCCAUUCGUCAAGUCUUCCAAUGCCCGAUUUAUGCAUUUGCAUUUCGGGAGCCUUUAGAUAAAAUGAGAGAUCAAACGCGCAUUGAACGUGUGACAAUAAAGCACGAUAAGUAACGAUGUCUUCCACGAUGCAGCAGCAAGCAGAGCGCAGCCUAACUAGUAGUUGACUACUGUUACAGUUUUCUGGAUUUUAUAAUUGUAUCGCUGCGGAGUUACAUACCCGUGUAAUAAUUUUUAUGCGACGCGUCGAAUUGUGAAUCGCGACGACGGGACGGACGAGCACGACUUUGUCAUGCUACGUUAGCGACAGCCUUUUAGCCGAUGAUGAAUCUGCCAAAUAACUUUUUGGAAUAAAGUAGUCCGCCGUGCGCCGUCCCGUCGCCGGAACAAACGAGACGCAAGACGAUGCGUGAACAGUUAUGUACAACCGAGUACAAUUAGUUAUAUAAUCCAACGUCUUCCAAGAUCGUAUAGAUCGUUAGUUUAAGGAGUAUAGACAAUGUAGUCGUUCCGUGAAACUGCAGAAUGCCGCGAUGGCUCGAGAAGUAUUUUAUAUACGGGAUACGUCUUGUAAAAAUUUAUUCUGUACGGACAAUUAGCAACGUGCUACAUUUUUUUUUCAAGAUCCAGAAAUGAGUUUAUAAAAUUUUGGACUCUUGACAUUUAUGGAUCCUCAAGAUAACUAAUGUUUAAUGGCGUGGAUGCUUGAUUUGAUAGAUUUUUAGAUUCACAGAUUAUAGACUCUUUGAAUAAUUGAAUUGGUUUUUGAUAAGCUUUUGGAUAUGUAAAUCUUUUAAAAAUACUCUUUCUAAAAAUCCUUGAGAUCUUGCUUUUUUUUCUUUCCUCAAAGCCACACGAGCGUUCUGCAGACACGGGAAAUUCGCAGGCUAACUAAAACGCGUUAAUAAUCGUGAAACGAGUCUUCCAAUAAUGUCUUCCAGAACGAUAAUAUUGAUAAAAAUAAUAACAAUAUCGCUAUAUGAUAAUGAUGUAUUACUAUUUAUUGAGCAAAGAAUCUUUGUCGAAUGAUAUUAAGCGUUAUAUUGAGAAUUGUAGACGUUAAGAGUUAACUCAUAAGUUACGGUCAUAUGCAUAAUUGAUGUUUCAUAUCAAUGAAUAUAUCAAUGACACAUAAUGUAAGUAAAGUCACGCUGUUCACGAAAUCAAUUUAGAUCGUUAACGAGGGAUCAUCCUACUCCAUUGUAUCAACAAUAAUGAUCAAAAGUGGUUGAAUGAGAAUUGCGUUGGUAUCUUCUCUUCGUGAUUAUCGAACGACGAUAGAUCGGUAAUGUUUGUCGUGUAAAAUUUAAUUUUGCUUUUUGAUAUAUCGUGCGAAACGAGAGAGAGAGAGAGCCUCCCAAUAAUGUCUUCCAGAAUCUCUCUUAUCGGCCUGAGAAAAAUAGAAUGCUGCAACAUAAAAUCCGUUGUAAAAUCCAGAGAAAUAGUUGUUCCAACUAGAUAAUGCUAAUCACGAUGAGAUACUUCGAGAUGAUGUUCUGACGCGGACGAAACCAAGCACGUAUAGGCUUCCAAAGCUCUUUUGCAGAAAUAUUCAUAUAUUUCGCGGCGUUUUCGCAAAGAGCAAACCUCAUCGGUGUGUUGUGUAGGCAGAAUAUACCUAUAAACGUUAUAAAAUGAUGUAAAGCGGCCUCCGUAUUAUGAAAAAAAAUAUGAAAUACAUUAUCCGUAUGAGUACGAGGAGUGAUAAUAUAUUAACAAAAUUUUA